GUCAUGAUGUCAUAAGUCUGCGCCGCGCUCCUGCAUCUGUGAUGAUGAAGAAAGAGUGUCCAAACACACAGAAAAACUCCCGGUGAAGCGACUGAGAUCGUGACACUAUUAUAAAGAUGGCGUUUAUUAAAGAGGAGUUUGAAGACAUGAAGAUUGAAGAAGCGUUCAGAGUCAAACAUGAAGAUACUGAGGAACAAACAGACCUGAUCACUCUGAAAGAGGAGAGUCAAGAACUGAAUGAAAAGGAAGAGAAAAUUCAGUAUGAGAAAUGUCAUGAUUUCAUGAUUUCAUAUGUCUCACAGACUCAUAAAACAGAAACUAGUUACCUUAACGUCACUGAAGAAAGUCAUUUCACCUGCCAACAGUGUGGAAAAAGUUUCAGACGAAAAGACUGCCUUAAAGUCCACAUGAAAAUCCACACGGGAGAGAAGCCUCACACCUGCGAACUGUGUGGGAAGAGCUUCUCACUAAAAGGUAAUCUUAAGACCCACAUGAGAAUUCACACCGGAGAGAAGCCGUACACGUGCGCUCAGUGUGGAAAGAGUUUUAACCAGAAAAAAAUCCUUACAGCCCACUUGAGGUUUCACACCAGAGAGAGCCCCUUCACCUGCCAACAGUGUGGAAAAAGUUUCACACAAGAACAGAACUUUAAAGUCCACAUGAAAAUCCACACUGGAGAGAGGCCGUUCAUAUGCCCUCAGUGUGGAAAGAGUUUUACACUGAAAAAAAACCUUGAUGACCACUUGAGAGUUCACACCGGAGAGAAGCCUUACACCUGCCAGCAGUGUGGGAAGAGCUUCUCACAAAACGGAAAUCUUAAAAUUCACAUGAGAGUUCACACCGGAGAGAAGCCAUUCACAUGCUCUCAGUGUGGAAAGAGUUUUAAACAGAAGAAAGAGCUUAAUGCCCACAUUAGUAAUCACACUGGAGAGAAGCCUUACACCUGCAAACUGUGUGGAAAGAGCUUCAAACAAAAAGAAAGUGUUAAGACUCACAUGAGAAUUCACACUGGAGAGAAGCUGUUUGUUUGUGAUCAGUGUGGAAAGAGUUUCACAUUUAAAGCACACUUUAAUCAGCACAUGAGGAUUCACUCAGGAGAGAAAUGUUUUGUAUGUCACCAGUGUGAAAGGAGUUUCACAGACAGGAUUCACCUUGAGAAUCAUGUAAAAAUUCACAUCGGAGAGAAUCCUUACAUGUGCCAUCACUGCGGAAAGAGUUUCACAAAUAGAAAGAACCUGGAGGAUCACACGAGAACUCACACUGGAGAGAAGCUUUUCACCUGCCCUCAGUGUGGAAAAAGCUGCACGGUUAAAGGAGACCUUAAGAUUCACAUGAGAGUUCACACUGGAGAGAAGCCUUACAAGUGUCAUCAGUGUGAAAAGAGUUUCACAGACAGGAAUCACCUUAAGAAUCAUGUAAAAAUUCAUAUCGGAGAGAAGCCCUGCAUGUGCCAUGACUGUGGAAAGAGUUUCAAAUACCGAUCAAACCUUGAGAAUCACAUGAGAAUUCACACUGGAGAGAAGCCGUUCACCUGCCCUCAGUGUGUAAAGAGCUUCACGAUGAAAGAUCAGCUUAAGAUUCACAUUAGAGUUCACACUGGAGAGAAGCCUUACAAGUGUCUUCAGUGUGGAAAGUUUUUCUCAACCACAGGAAACCUUAAGAGUCACAUGAGAGUUCACUCUGAAGAGAAGCUUUCACAUAUCACACAAACCUGAAACAGCAUUUGCAAACUCAUUCUGGAAAGAAAAUGGUCCGAUGAGGUUUAGAAAUAGGAGACAUUUCAGCAUCAGUGCAUUCACUCUGGAGAAACACAAUUCAAUUGUGUCAAUUGUAAUAAUAUCACAAGUAAAUGCGACACCCCCUUUUGUGUCCUUUGUUAAAGAGUAUGGCAAUGGAAAAUGUGAACCUGUUUGAAAUCAAGGCUAACAUUCACCUUACAGCUGAAUGUGAGCUUCAUCUGAUUGUUCACCUUCAUGACCACUUCUUUGUAUUUGUAUUAUUAUCUUUGUUAUAUAUCCUACAGCUCUUUAUACUUUACCUUGAGCCUUUUUCACUUUCUUUUGUGCAUAUUUACUCCAGUGGCCACACCUGACAAUCUUCUUUGCCAUAUUUUCAAAUAUUAAGCCGUUGAGGUAGACACCCUUUAAUUUAGACUCUGUAGAGGUGUUGCUCAUUGUCAUGUACAUUGGUUGGCUUUUUUUUGCAAUGUAUUUGUGGGGUGUUUUUUCAAUGUGCUGUAAAAGGGGGACAUUUCCGGUUCCUGUUGGGGACAAAACACAAAACACUGGGAUUGUACCUGGAAAAGGAGGAGUACUUUGCACACAUAUGGAGACAAGCCCUGCGUUCCAUUCGGGAGGGCUCAUCCCUAUUCCCUAGCUUCAAAGGGUGAGAGCUUCGAAGGGAUGAAGGGUGUAGGGGUCAAAAAACGAUUUUUUUGGAACGCACUUCAGCGUCAUCUUAACUAGACAGUCAGCUUUGUCGCACAUUUUGUAGGCUGCUUGACCGCCAAAAAACACACACUGAACUGAGUAGAUUUUGCAAGAUGCGCCUUUUGUUUAAUGUUAGUUUAUUUAUUUAUUUAUUUUUGGUUUAUUGUACCAUAUUGUAUUUUGUGUCUAUGUAUUUGAAACGUUUCAAUGGACUGAUAAAGGUAGCUGUAAAGUAUUUUUGUUGAAGUACAAUGUCGUUUUGACUAUAAAAAAUAUAACUCUAGAAAAAUACUAUACAUACAUUUAUUGGUAAAAUUGUACUCUGAGCCUUCAGUACCCAUUCUGUGACCCCAACAACUUCCCUGUGCAAAGGAUCAUGGGGGCCUGGAGUGUCCAUCAGUUGUCAUUCAGAAGGGCCUUUUGAAGUGGCCAGUUUUGAGCACUUCGGACUGGAAUGACCCUUCAAUAUGGCAGCCAUGAUUGAUUUCACUCCGAAGUGCCCUUCGGAGGGUGAUAUAUACCGUUUGGAAUGCACCAUACAGGAUUUAAGCUUGUCUCCAUAUGUGUGCAAAGUACUCCUCCUUUUCUAGGUACAGUCCCAGUGUUUGGUACUGUUUGUUUUAAAAUGUAAAGUAGGGCUGGGCGAUAUAUCGCAUGCGAUUGUCACGCGCAUUUCGUCAGUAAAGCCGGUUCCCUGAUUACCGCGAAAUCGCCAUCACC